AUGGUCAUCCUCGCAAGUUACCACCUCAUUUCAGAUCACCAUUUCAACGACAUCCGAUGUUCAGUCAUCUCCAACAUCUCGGCCGGCAACGCCUUCUCUGAGUUCUGGUUCCUCUUCGGUUUCGGUUUCUUCGGACAAAACACCCAUAUCUACCACAUCUCGAGGAUCUCCGACUGGUUCUACGUCGACAAGCUUGAGUGA